AUGGAGGUCCUCAGUGGCUGCAGGCAGGUGCUCUUGUGUGGCCUUGAUAGUGCAUUAUUUGCUGAUGUGUUUACUGCGCCUGACGACUCGUUAAACUAAGCUGAGUAACAGGAGGAGAAGAGUCUGGUGGAGCAGCAGAGGAACAAUUUCAGCCAUUUGGACUCAGCUCAGCCACUACAGAGGAAACAAUGACUUCAACACAAAAGGACCAACAUGGAGCGAGAAGUCAGCGCUCUCAGGAGGCCGACAAACCUCACAGAAGAAAGAGAGAGAAAAAAUACAGCUGUGAUGAGUGUGGGAAGGGUUUUACCCAGGCUGGAAACUUAAAAACGCACCAACUUAUCCACAGUGGAUUUAAACCAUACAGCUGUGACUUGUGUGGAAAGUCUUUUACCCAGGCUGGAAAUUUAAAAGCACACCAGGUCAUUCACAGUGGAGUUAAAGCGUACAGCUGUGACUUCUGUGGAAAGUCUUUUACCUCGGCUGGAAGCUUAAAAAGACACCAACUCAUCCACAUUGGAAUUAAACCUUACAGCUGUGACUUCUGUGGAAAGUCUUUUACCUCGGCUGGACACUUAAAAAACCACCAACUCAUCCACAGUGGAGUUAAACCGUACACCUGUGAUCAGUGUGGAAAGUCUUUUACCCGGCAUGGACACUUAAAAGCACACAAACUCAUCCACAGUGGGGUUAAACCAUACAGCUGUGAUCAGUGUGAAAAGUCUUUUACCCAUCCCGGACAAUUAAAGAGACACCAAUUUAUCCAUAUUGGAGUUAAACCAUACAGCUGUGAUCAGUGUGAAAAGUCUUUUACCCAUCCCGGACAAUUAAAGAGACACCAAUUUAUCCAUAGUGGAGUUAAACCAUACAGCUGUGAUCAGUGUGGAAAGUCCUUUAACCAGUCUGGACACUUAAAAACACACCAACUCAUCCACAGUGGAGUUAAAGCGUACAGCUGUCAAUUGUGUGGAAAGUCUUUCAGCGAGCCUGGAAGCUUAAAAAGACACUAUCUUUCCCACACUCAAGUUAAACCGUACCGCUGUGACUUGUGUGGAAAGUCUUUUAUUGAGCCUGGACAAUUAAAAACCCAUCAGUUCAUCCACAUUGGAGUUAAAUCGUACAAUUGUGACUUGUGUGGAAAGUCUUUUUUUGAGCCUAGACACUUAAAAAGGCACCAGGUCAUCCACAGUAGAGUUAAAGCAUACAGCUGUUAUCAGUGUGGCAAGGCUUUUUCUUAUCGUAGCAAGUUAAAGAAGCAUCAAAUUAUCCACUCUGGGAUUAAGGCAUAUAGCUGUGACAUUUGUGGUAAAACCUUUAGUUUCAAAAGUUACCUAAAUAGACACCUACGCAUUCACACUGGACAUGAUGUUUACUGCUGUGAUCAGUGUGGCAAAAUGUUUAAAACAGCCACACACUUACAAUACCACAUGUUUAGCCACACUGAGGAGAGACUUUAUAAAUGUGACCUGUGUGAUAAAACUUUUAAAGCGCCACGUUACCUAAGAGUCCACCAGAAGAUUCACACCAGAGAGAAACGCUACAAGUGCAGUUACUGUGAGAAGCAGAGCGACACAGAUGGAUCCACUUCUCAACCUUGUCGUCACUGUGGUGGUGGGAAAAUGUUUCGCUGUGAACUUUGUGGAAAAACUUUCAAUCAUCAAGAGUGCCUAACAAGACAUCAACGUAGACAUACUGGAGACAAAAUGAGCUACUGCAAAGAAUGUGGGAAAGGCUUCCCCAUUCCAAGUACAUUAAAAAAACAUGAACUCAUUCACAGUGGGGUUAAAGACCACCUCUGUGACCAAUGUGGGUCAUUCUUUACUAGUGCAAGUCAGCUUAAAGGGCAUAUACGAAUCCACACAGGAGAGAAACCAUACAAGUGCGGACACUGUGACAAAAGCUUCUCACAUUCAAAUAAUCGUAACCUUCAUGAACGUACACACAUUAGAGGGAACUUCAGCUGUGACCAGUGUGACAAGAACUUCAGGAAUGUCAGUUCAUACUCUGAACACAAGCGAUCCCACGCUGUAAAUAAAUCGUUUCACUGUUACCAAUGUGCGAAAACAUUCACUUCUGCUCUUUGCAAACAUCAGUGUGAGCAUGCAGAACUGAAAUCCCCGGAUCACAAUGAAUCUGCAGAGACAGAAAGAUCCUCUCCUGGUUUCAGGGUCAGACUUAAAAAACUUGAGAUCAGGCUCCACAGAGUUCAGAUGGAAUCUUCUGUAAAGAAUGUUGGCUGAUGUCACACUUGGAUCUGAUGAGCUAGCUCUGAUUUCUGGGCCUACAGUGAAUAAUCCCGAAUGUUAAAUUUAAGAAGCUGCAAGUAUAGAUAUGUAGAUCAAAAUUUUUUCUGGAAUGAAUUUCGAUGCUCUAAAAUUUUUUAAUUUUUUAGUUUUUUUUUUUUUUUAUCUUUUCCCCUUUAGGACACAGUAGUGUUUAGUAGUAGUAGUAGUUGCAUUGUUAAUGUAUAUUUAUUAACUGUCUUUUAUAUCCAACUGAUAUUACAAAACUUGUUUAAAAAGCAGAUGGAAAAGCAUUUUGAGAAAAUUGGGGUAAAGCAGCAAAGAACAGUUAGAAGUUAAAGUCUGCAGUUGACUCUGUUGUUGUUCUAUAGUGAGACCAGCCAUGGCCCAGUCUUCUGGAGUUUUCUUAAAUGAUGUUUAUUCGUUAGUUCUUUGGUUUAAUCUAAUGGACCAUAAUCGAUGUCUCUAUUUGUAAGGAGGAUGUAAAUCUGAUCAUUUCAAGUCCUCUUUCUUAGGCUAUGAGACAGAAGUGAACACACAGACCAACUUUGGCUUUUUAAGUGUGUUUAGUAAAAGUUUUCAGAGCUGGUUACAAGUACACAGCAUCACCAAGAGUGCACUCAGCAGUGUUAUGAGUAUAUUCAAGGGUGUAUUUAGGCCUGUUUUGUGUCUAUGUGAGUUUAGUGAUCUCUUUUAUUGGAGUAAGUGAUUCUCACUAGAUCCAUGUUGUCCAAAGGAAUGAUGUCCAAAUGAUAUGGGAAACACCUCUUUUUAUUUGAAUGUGGUGGAAAAUCUGUGUUUCAUCUGAUUUAGCUUCUAACAUCAUCUAGUGUGUGUGGAGAUUAAAAAAACAACAACAAAACCCCCCAAUGCAGCUAACUGUCAGAUGUUUUCAUGGUCAUUAGGCACUUUGUCUGUCUUUGUUAUGCCUAGUGACUGUGAGUCUAUCACACCAGGCAAGACCCCAGGUGCAGGCUGUGUAAAGAUGCCCCAGAAACAAUCCAGCACAUAACAGCAGGGUGCAAGAUGCUAGCAGGCAAGGCAUACAUGGAACGCCAUAACCAAGUGGCCGGCAUAGUGUACAGGAACAUCUGUGCCGAGUAUAACCUGGAAGUCCCGAGGUCAAAAUGGGAGAUGCCCCCAAGGGUGGUGGAGAAUGACCGAGCUAAGAUCCUGUGGGACUUCCAGAUACAGACGGACAAAAUGGUGGUGGCUAACCAACCGGACAUAGUGGUGGUAGACAAACAGGAGAAGACGCUGUAGUGAUCGAUGUAGCGGUUCCGAAUGACAGCAAUAUCAGGAAGAAGGAACACAAGAAGCUGGAGAAAUACCAAGGGCUCAGAGAAGAGCUCGAGAGGAUGUGGAGGGUGAAGGUAACGGUGGUCCCCGUGGUAAUCGGAGCACUAGGUGCGGUGACUCCCAAGCUAGGCGAGUGGCUCCAGCAGAUCCCGGGAACAACAUCGGAGAUCUCUGUCCAGAAGAGCGCAGUCCUGGGAACAGCUAAGA